AAAAGGAAACCUUGAAAAUGCUUAAGUUCUAAUACUAAGCCAGUCCUACAGUUUAAAGAAAACUUAGCUUAGUUAAGAUUUUUACACUAAUUUUCAGAAAUAAGGCAGAAAUAUAUUUUUAUUACGUAUCGUAACUUUCCCCAAUUUAUCUGUGGAAAGAAAAAACUGCCAGUGAAACAAUUCCCAAAUCCAGAGGUCAUCUUUUUAAAAAUGAGCAAUGAAAAAGUCUCUGCUGAAACUUACGUAUACAUGUAGAAUUCAGACCUUUCUGUGUUCUUCUAUAUAAGGUUGCAACCAGAGCAAAUUAAUUGUGUUCCACAGCAAGUUGGGUAAGAAUCUUGUUUCACUGGUAGAAGUCUGAACUCUGGAAAUCGCUUUAAGGCUCACUGGGCAGAAUCUUCACAGAAUUAAAGCUCUAGAAUCUCUAGACUGUAUCUUAUUUUUUCUCAGAUAGGAAAAGCAGCCUAGGGUUUAUCUAAAACAAAACUAUCUUACAUUAAAAUGAGAAUUUAUUACAGUCUCCCAAAUAUUAAAGAGAACCCUUAAGAAUAUAACUUGAAUAGGGGUCAUGAACUGGUUCAACAUACUUAACUGGUGAUUUUAUGAAUUAUAAUGAAUGCUGCUACUCUCUAGAAAUGAAUGUAUCAAAGAUGAAAUAACCUCCUUGGCACGCUUACAGCUAUACAACACAUUUGUUUCACUGCUUUCAAGCACCAGUGCUGGAGGCUCAGAGUAACGCAAAGGGAGGAGGACUUCGGUCACAGCAGCAAGCAGGUCUACUGAGCAGAUAAGAUGACAUGCUUGGGAAACUAACGAACAAAUAAGAGGUAGGAUUACAGACAGAGGAAAUGAAACAGACUGGUGAGGAACAGGGAAAUAAACCGCGCUGGGCAGCUCUUCUGAUACUCAUGGUGAUAAUACCCACAAUUGGUGGAAACAUCCUUGUUAUUCUGGCUGUUUCACUGGAGAAAAAGUUGCAGUAUGCUACCAAUUAUUUCCUAAUGUCCCUGGCAGUGGCUGAUUUGCUGGUUGGACUGUUUGUGAUGCCGAUUGCCCUCUUGACAAUAAUGUUUGAGGCUAUGUGGCCCCUCCCACUUGUUCUAUGCCCUGCCUGGUUAUUUCUUGACGUUCUUUUUUCUACUGCAUCCAUCAUGCAUCUUUGUGCCAUUUCAGUGGAUCGUUACAUAGCCAUCAAAAAGCCAAUCCAGGCCAAUCAAUGUAACUCACGAGGUACAGCAUUCAUCAAGAUCACAGUGGUGUGGUUAAUUUCAAUUGGCAUUGCCAUUCCGGUCCCUAUUAAAGGGAUAGAAAAUGACGUGAGUAACCCAAACAACAUCACUUGUGGGCUGACAAAGGAUCGUUUCGGCAAUUUCAUGCUCUUUGGCUCACUGGCUUCCUUCUUUACACCCCUGGCAAUCAUGAUUGUCACCUACUUUCUUACUAUCCAUGCUUUACAGAAGAAAGCUUACUUGCUCAAAAACAAGCCACCUCAACGCUUAACAUGGUUGACUGUGUCCACAGUAUUCCGAAAGGAUGAAACACCUUACUCAUCCCCAGAAAAAGUAGCAAUGCUGGAUGGUUCUCAAAAGGACAAAACUCUGCCCAAUGCAAGUGAUGACAUACUUAUGCGAAAAAUGUCCACAGUAGGAAAAAAGUCAGUGCAGACCAUUUCCAAUGAACAGAGAGCAUCAAAGGUUCUAGGGAUAGUGUUUUUCCUCUUUUUGCUUAUGUGGUGCCCCUUUUUUAUUACAAAUGUAACUUCAGCUUUAUGCGAUUCCUGCAACCAGACUACUCUCAAAAUGCUCCUGGAGAUAUUUGUGUGGAUAGGCUAUGUUUCCUCAGGGGUGAAUCCUUUGGUCUACACCCUCUUCAACAAGACAUUUCGGGAUGCAUUUCGCCGAUACAUCACCUGCAAUUACCGGGCCACAAAAUCAGCAAAAACUCUUAGAAAAUGCUCCAGUAAUAUCUACUUCCGGAAUCCAAUGGCAGAGAACUCUAAGUUUUUCAUGAAACAUGGAAUGCGAAAUGGCAUCAAUCCUGCCAUGUACCAGAGCCCAAUGAGGCUCCGAAGUUCAACCAUUCAGUCUUCAUCAGUCAUUUUACUAGAUACACUUCUCCUCACUGAAAAUGAAGGUGAUAAAACUGAAGAGCAAAUCAGUUAUGUAUAGCAGUAAUGGCCUAGUUUUUAUCUAACCAAUAAGAUGAGUAAGAUGAUAAAGAUGUAAAUAUACCAAGAAUUAUACAAAGAAAAACUUUAUAUGAUGUAUCAAAUCAUCUCUUUAAAUUAAGAAUUAGAUGAUAAGAUUAUCUAAUUUUCUUAAUUUGGGCAAAAUUAUUCCAUGAAAAAAUAAUUUUGUAUAGCUGCAAAUUAAAACAAUCCAGCAUGCUGGUUAAAUGUUAAGAUAUUCAAAUGAAAUAAAAUUAAAUAAAUCAAUAAAUUUCAGACUGAAAAAAAACCCCAAUGUCACCGUAAGAAUUUAUCUAGUUCCUAACUGCAUGCAAAGCUAUGCUAAGAAUGAAAUAAAACAAGCAAGGAUUAACCUUGUCUUCAAGGCCUUUUUUAAAAGCAUACGGCAUAACACAGAACAAUAGUGACAGGAACAGAGGACUAAAAAUAAGAGCAUAAAAUAAUGAUCACAACUGAAGGUAAGCUAAGAUUUCCAUUUACGGUGUAGCUUAGUUAAAUGUAGUCACAAUUUUGAAUUGAUCAGGAAACUGUUUUGAUGGAAGGGUAGGGAGGCCAAUAGUUGGAUAUCACAUAAAGUAACAGGAUCUUAGAACUAGAGCUCUUUGUUAAAUGGCUGACACCAGACAACUACUCAGCAGGGAUGGGUCUACCGGAGGAGGAGGAGGAAGCAAAUGAAACCACUCUCGGGUACCUGAACCUCCAUAUGUUUCUCAAAGAGCGUGUACAAACUGGAAGCAUUGGUCAUCAAUUCAGGAACUUUAAUAACUUCAUAAACUGAGAUCAUGGUUGUCCAAGCUUGCCCAAAGACAACUUCUGGCACAAAAUUUUUUAUUCACCCUUUUGUUAUUUUUCUUUGCAUUGCUAAAUCUGGAAUAAAUUCAAUCUGUGCCAUUUACUAGCUAACUGACUGAAUUUACAAAAAAUACUUAACUUCUCUAAGCUUCAAUUUUCUCAUCUACAUUUCACUGGGUUCUUAUGGGGAUGAGUACAUGUGAGACUGUAAAUCUCUGUAAAGCCAAGUCUAUUUACCUUUGACAUUUUAUUUUUAUGGUACUCCCAUAAACGGUGAAUAAAUUUAGGCUGAGGGAAUCUGCAGUGAAGACAGCCCAAUCUUAGCCUUUCUUUUUCAGACUGACC